GGGUUGUAGUAGGGUGGGACCGAGGCGCUUUGAUUAGCGAUCUCGGGGGAGCGGAUCGCUCUCUCCAGAUGCUGAUUUCUCCAGCACUUGGCAAUCACCGGCAGAACCGGCGUGCGGGCGGCGGCGGCGGCAGCGGCACGGGCCAGGGGGCAGUGCCAGGCGGGCAGCUGAGUCCUGCCGGGCGCGCCCGGGACCGACGGACGCGCUGAGCCCCGGCCGGAGCGGGCGUUCCACCCCGUGCCCGGGAAGAAGGCGGGCAGGGCGCGCGGAGAGCCCGAGACGCGGAGACGGCCUCCGAGCCCCCCGCCUGCCUCCGACGCGGCCGCGACCUCCGCUUGCCGUGCAGUGCCCGCUGCGCCCUGGGCGCACCCGCCGAGCAGGCGAUGGGUCCGGGUCGGGACUGAGCGCCCGAGCCCGCUCCCGGCCCCCUGAGGGCGGCUGUCCGCGCCCGCCCCGCGCUCUCGCGGCCGGCCCGCGCGCGCCUCGGUGCCCUCCUCCCUCGGACCCGCGCCCGGGCCACCAUGGCCGCGGCCAUCGCCAGCGGUUUGAUCCGCCAGAAGCGGCAGGCGCGGGAGCAGCACUGGGACCGGCCGUCGGCCAGCAGGAGGCGGAGCAGCCCCAGCAAGAACCGCGGGCUGUGCAACGGCAACCUGGUGGAUAUCUUCUCCAAAGUGCGCAUCUUCGGCCUCAAGAAGCGCAGGUUGCGGCGCCAAGAUCCCCAGCUCAAGGGCAUAGUGACCAGGUUAUAUUGCAGACAAGGCUACUACUUGCAAAUGCACCCGGAUGGAGCUCUCGAUGGGACCAAGGAUGACAGCACUAACUCGACACUGUUCAACCUCAUACCGGUGGGACUUCGUGUUGUUGCCAUCCAGGGCGUGAAGACAGGGUUGUAUAUAGCCAUGAAUGGAGAAGGUUACCUCUACCCAUCAGAACUUUUUACUCCUGAAUGCAAGUUUAAGGAAUCUGUUUUUGAAAACUAUUAUGUAAUCUACUCAUCUAUGCUGUACAGACAACAGGAAUCUGGGAGAGCCUGGUUUUUGGGAUUGAAUAAGGAAGGGCAAGCCAUGAAAGGAAACAGAGUAAAGAAAACCAAGCCAGCAGCCCAUUUUCUACCCAAGCCAUUGGAAGUUGCCAUGUACCGAGAACCAUCCUUGCACGACGUGGGAGAAACGGUGCCGAAGGCGGGCGUGACGCCCAGUAAAAGCACGAGCGCCUCGGCCAUCAUGAAUGGGGGCAAACCAGUCAACAAGAGUAAGACCACAUAGCCGGACCCCCGCGGCCGUGGGACUCCUGUCCCGGGCCCAGCCGAGGGACCGCGCGCCAGACACUCCCGCCGGGGCCGGCCCGGCCGCUGAGCCCCGCCGGCUGCACCGGGCGGCCGCCGCCGGGGACGCCAGCUCGGCCCGGACCCUCAGCCCGGACCCUGGAAUGCCCACCAGAUACGGAAUGCCUUUUCAAUCUCUUUUCUGUGACUGUGACACUUCAUGUGAAUGACAUCCUCCACGAGUACACGCCACACCUUGCCUGCUGACGCGCCCCAUCUUCUUCCUUUUCCAGUCCUGUCCCCCCACGCCCCCACCCCUGGCCCCCCAUGUGUUUCGGUUCUCUCUCUCCUCUCUCUCUUUCUCUCUCUCUUUUUUCUUUUGUUGUAGCACCACCAAUACGAAUUGAGUAAUUUCUAGCUAGCCGCUGUAAACCUGUGCGCCCUUGUUUUCUCUCCUUCCCAGUUUUUACAGGGCUGCUGGCUCGCUCCACUGUCUGUGACCACCCUCCCCCUUCACACCUUUUUUUAAAAAAUUAUUAUUAUUAUUAUUAUUAUAAUGAUUAUUUUUCAUUUGGCAGGGAUUUGCGUUCGUUGACAUCUUAAAUGUUACAGUUGACUUAGUUGGGAGAGCGAUCAGGGAAUCAGGGAGCCUUCCAAGCCGAGAUGGCCCAAGGGCAUCUCUAAAGACCAGGAGGGGUGCCUGUGGCCCCCCCACCCUAGAAAUGUGGACCCAGACCUGACCCCUUGGUAGAUGCUCUGAGAGUGCUCGGGCCGGGUGAGGGGUGGGCCGAACAACAGCCCCCGGCCCGAGCUCUAGGGCAGAGUUUGACCUCCCCCUACGGUUCCUCUGUGUGUGUCUGUUUUAUACAUAUCACAAGCUUACUGGUAAUGGUAACAUUUGCCUUGCCCAGCGAGCAGGACCCACUGGUUUUUGCGAUAGUGGGUCCAAAGAACUCUGUAGGCCUUGUAGGCCUGAUUAAGGUUCAUUUUCAUCGACGAAUCCUCAGUAUUUGGGAAAAAGGAAGAAACAAAAAAAAAAAACAGAAACAACAACAACAACAACAACAAACCCGUAAUUGCAGUUUAUGAGAAUUGUGCUAUCUAAUUCCAUUUCCGAUAUAAUCCUUCCCAUUUUUAAUGAGCGGAACUUGACGCCCUCCCCGGUUUGGGCUGCGUUUCACCUCCUACUCGGCAGAGCAUGGGCGAAGGCGGCUGCCGUGUCCUUCCUUACCUGCAGCAGCCAUGCAAGUGUUAGUUAGAGACUAGACUUUAAUAUUUUUGAUGUUGAACAACAAGUUUUUAAACUGAACAUAUUAGGAAAACUUUUCUUUUUCUGUUUUUCUUUUUUUUAGCUCAGCAUGCUGAGUCAGGCACUGUGUAUUCACCAGUCCAUACCUCUGACUUGGCUCCUGGGCCCCGAGCUGCCCAGGGCUGGGUCAGGGGGGCCUUUGCUCCCAUCUCAGAAUGCCAUCUGUUGAAUGAUUCUAGAGAAAAUCCAAGGCCAGCCCGUGCAUUCAGACAUCGGGUGUUCGUUCCACUCCAUUCAUUGGCUUCCACUUUGUUUUGCUUUCUUCCUUUCCUUCGGAACUUAAUCCUGCUGAACUCUGAGUUUAGAGACCACACCGGGACGGGCCAUGGCAGUUGACUUUGCUGUGAUCCCUAGUGAGAAAACGCGCCAAACGUUCCAUGUCGGAUGUUUCAAAAUGUUUAAUACUAAACUGUUUGGAAAUAUAUUUGCUACCUGUGUGUAUACUUAAUAAAAUUCAAUGUUUUCUUCUCAGAAGAGUUCAUUGAGACCAACUGAACCUCAUUUAUAGACUAACUGUAUAUGGGAUCAAUAGACUGGCCUCGUGUUGUUAUUUUCAUGCGGAAAGAUGACCCAGUCAUUCUUCUCUCGUCUGCACUGUGCUUACUGGGAAAUUAUUUUUCAUUGCUUUCAUAAGUCUCCAUGACAGUUCCCGCCCAGCAUCAGAAAAUUUUGGCCUGCUUAGCUGAUUAAAGAUUUAGUAUAAAUUUAACUGUUUAUGCUUAUUUCAUUUUCUUAUUGGAUUCCAUUUUAAUAAAUAAAAAGUUAGCAUAA